AUGGAUACACAGGAAGGAGCAGAGCUCUGCUUUCCACAACUCUUCAACAUCUCCUGCAAGAAGCCUACAACUCCUCUGUCUCAAGUUUUGCUCCUUUAUAUUGUUUUGUCCUCAAUGUCUCUGCUAACUGUGACUCUCAACCUGCUCGUCAUCAUCGCAGUCUCCCACUUCAGGCAGCUCCACACACCCACUAACAUCCUGCUCCUCUCUCUGGCUGUCACUGACUUUCUCGUUGGUCUUCUGUUUAUGCCUGGAGAAAUCCUGCGAAAUACAGCAUGCUGGUUUCUUGGUCAGCUCACAUGUUCUCUGUAUAAUUAUGUAUCCUACAUCGUUGCCUCUGCCUCAGUGGGCAACAUGGUGCUGAUAUCAGUCGACCGUUAUGUGGCUAUUUGUGACCCUUUGCAUUACCCCUCCAGAAUCACUGACAAAAGAGUGAAACUCUGCGUCUGUCUGUGUUGGCUCUGCUCUGUUUUCUACAGCUAUGUGAUUUUAAUAGAUGAUCUAAGUCAACCAGGCAAGCAUAAUUCUUGUUAUGGAAAAUGUAUAAUUUUCAUUGAAUUCAUUGCAGGAUUUGUUGACCUUGUUUUAUCCUUUAUAAUUCCACUUACUGUCAUCGUAGUUCUGUAUAUGAGAGUAUUUGUGGUGGCUGUGUCUCAGGCCCGUGCCAUGCGCUCUCAUGUUACAGCUGUCACACUGCAGCUCUCAGUGACUCUAACAGCAAAGAAAUCAGAGUUAAAAGCUGCCAGGACUCUGGGUGUUCUUGUUCUUGUGUUUCUAAUAUGUUUCUGCCCAUAUUACAUUGUUUCGCUUUUUGGAGACGAGUUUCUAAACAGCUCAUCUGCAUCCAUUGUGAUCUAUCUGUAUUAUUUUAACUCCUGUGUAAACCCUUUGAUUUAUGCUAUGUUCUACCCCUGGUUUAGAAAAGCUGUGAAACUAAUUGUGACUCUACAGAUACUGCAGCCUGACUCCUGUGAGGUCAGCAUACUGUAGAAGAAAGAAAUCUCUCUUUAAUGUACCAAGUGGUUUACCAAAUUACUUUCUCUAUCAAUAAUGUACUACAUUAAUUUUAAGACAUUUAACAAGUAAUGUGUAAUAAAUUACAUUUCUUGAGUAAUAACCCCAGCACUGGUUGUCAAAUAGUGCUUAGUACUCUAUGGUUUCAAUUAUACAGGCCUAGAAAAGGGUUGACAACCCACUGGCAACCUCCUGUCACUAGCAACAAAAUGUGCAUUCUCCCACUGUUUGCUGAGUGGUUGCUGGCUAUCACUGGGUCAGACUGGUUGAAAACAGCAUCACCAAAAACCACUACAUGAUUGCUUUAAUCACCAAAUUGUUGCUGUGGCUACUCAGAUGGAAGAUUCCAGCUUUUCAAGUUGGCCUUGUUGCCAGGUAGCUGCAAACCCGUCUAUAGCCCUGUGUCACUGAUGACUCCUGUGUGGAGUGUGUCGUGACACCUGGGGUAGAAAGAGACUGGAGUGCCACCCUGGAUACCUCUACAUAACAGCUAAUAGAGGCUAAAAAGUCUUAAUAUCCAACUUUAUGUGAUUGAAAUCUAUCAGAGUGUGUGUGUGGGUGUAUGUGUGUGUUGGUGAAGCAACACUCUGAAGCACCUAAUCUCAGAGUGUCUGACUUACAAAAUGUAUGAUUUAAUAAAAGAA